AUGGAUAUCCAGGUGAUAUCUUGUGUCAAUGAACGGGUCUUUGCUGGGGAUCGUUCCAUCAGACCAGUGUUUCCGUUCCGGCAGAUACGAUACUCAGGAGAUCACAAGCAAAAGAAUCGAGAAUACAAACCCCAACCAAUAAGAAACCUACAACAGAUGGUCGACCGGGACGAUGAGCAUGAAGAAGCGGAUCCAGGACUUUCAGCAGUAUCUCUAGUAGGGGACCGAGGCAAGCGUCCUUCAACAGUCGGCCCAAGUAACUUAGAGGGCGGCAUAGAUAGGUAUACCUUGCGCACCCGUCAUAUGACAGCGGGAGAAGCGAGCUCCACGCAAAACCUUGUACGGGAGAGCAUACAAAUCCGCACAAUAUCGAUCAGUAUUGAGCAACAACCUCCGCUCGAAGUUCGUCCAGGGAACCGCCUCUCACCAGUAGUCGUGAACAUAAGACGUCUGAGACACCAACGAGGUGAGAGUUGGAUGGGCGAAGAAGGUAACCUAUGGGCUCAAGUAUCGCUGAUGUCUGCUGAUGGACAAAUGGCGAUGGCUCUCUUCGCGCCCGAUAUCCUUGCUGCCGAAGAUAUGGUCACACCGCUUUUUCGAGAUCUUUCGGCUACUCGGACAGAAGAGAAAUGGUCGUUGGCAUUCAAAGAUCUUCAGAUUCGUCACUCUGGAUAUUUCAAGAUCCACAUUGCGGUGUUGAGAUCUUCACAGAGCGAGGAGCGAGGAGACGACGACCCUGCUAUCGAGCCUCCAAGAGAGCUUAUGGGGGUGGAUACUCAGGUCAUUAGAGUCCAUGCAUUUGCGCCGUCUCCAGUAAGACAAGGUGAGCGAUGA